AUGACUUAUUUAGAUAAAUUAGAUAUUGAUAUAUCUAUUACUGUUACUUAAUGGCUUUUGACAAUGUUUACAUAGGCUGAUAAUAUAUAAAAUAAAACUCCUUAUUCGUUUGAAAAGUAUAUUAAUUAAAUUGGGUUUUAUAGUUGUGCAAGCAAAUAAAAUUAUAGAAAAAAAUAUGAAAAGUUAAAAUGA